AUGCGGUCACUCCUCACCCUCUUCAGCGCAUUGCUGGCAUAUACUACAGCUGUGUAUGCCACCGCCCUCACCUACCGAUUAGAAGCACACGAGAAAGCAUGCUUCUUCGCGACUGUUGAGAACAAGGGGACCAAGCUGGCCUUCUACUUUGCAGUGCAAUCCGGAGGCUCUUUCGAUGUCGACUACUCGGUUGUCGGCCCCACAGACAAAGUCAUUCUCGACGGCACCAAGGAGCGACAGGGCGAUUUUGUCUUCACAGCGCUUGACGUGGGCGAAUACCGCUUCUGCUUCAACAAUGAGAUGAGCACUUUCGCCGAGAAGAUGGUUGAUUUCGAGAUCGCCGUUGAGAACGAAGCCGCCCGCGCCAAAAUCCCAUCCAAGCAGGGCUCAUCCCCCGAGCAGACCUCGGUCCUCGAAGAAUCCAUCCUCAAGCUCUCUGCGCAACUCUCUACCAUCUCCCGCAACCAGAAGUACUUCCGCACGCGCGAGAACCGCAACUUCAGCACCGUCAAGAGCACCGAGAAGAGGAUAUUCAACUUCAGUUUGAUGGAGUCGGGCUUGAUCAUGACUAUGGCAGGACUGCAGGUCUUCAUUGUCCGCUUCUUUUUCCAGGGCGCCAGGAAAGGUAUUAUAUGA